CCGGGCGCGGCCCAGGGAAGUUUCUCCGCGGGACCGCCCGGGGCGGCGGGAGGCGGCCGCUGACUUCCUCCUCCUCCUCCUCCUCCUCCUCCUCCUCCUCCUGCUGCCGCCGCCGCCGCCGCCGCUCCGGCCCCGCGCCCGCCGCCGCGCCAUGCCCCGGGGCUGCUGAAGGGGGACACGAGGGUCACCAAGCUGCAGGGAUGCAGAGCAUCAAGUGCGUGGUGGUGGGUGACGGGGCGGUGGGGAAGACCUGCCUGCUCAUCUGCUACACCACCAACGCCUUCCCCAAGGAGUAUAUCCCCACCGUCUUCGACAACUACAGCGCCCAGAACACGGUGGAUGGCAGGACUAUUAACUUAAACCUGUGGGACACGGCAGGCCAGGAGGAGUACGACCGCCUCCGGACGCUUUCCUACCCCCAGACCAACGUCUUCAUCAUCUGCUUCUCCAUUGCCAGCCCACCCUCCUACGAGAACGUCAAGCACAAGUGGUACCCAGAGGUGUGCCACCACUGCCCCAGCGUGCCCAUCCUCCUCGUUGGCACCAAGAAGGAUCUGAGAAACAACCCCGAGACCAUGAAGCGGCUCAAGGAGCAGAACCAGGCACCCAUCACCACCCAGCAAGGCAUCAGCCUCUCCAAGCAGAUCCGUGCCGUCAAGUACCUGGAGUGCUCGGCGCUCAACCAGGAGGGCAUCAAGGAUGUCUUCACAGAGGCAGUGAGGGCCGUGCUCAACCCUGUCCCGGCCAAGCCCAAGAAGCCCUGCAUCCUCUUGUGAUGGGGCUGCUGGUGACCAGUGAGAGACAAUGCUGCCUUUGCCCUGGCCCUGCUGCGCCCCGAGACACUGCUCGGUGCUGCCAGCUCCCCCUGCCUGCUCCGGUGCCUCUCCGAGCCUCGCUGUCCCCCCCAGGGAUGGUGGGACUGGGGCUUGCCAGCCUGAAGCCACCAGCUUUAAUAAUACAGACCUUGUUUGCACUAACUGGCCACCCUGGGGGCAGCGUGGCUCCCACAGCCCUGCAGGACCCCCACCCCGGCCCUGGCUCUCAGUGUUUGCUUUUGGUGAUGCCUCUCCAGUCCCGGCACAGAGCAAGGGGAUGCCUGGGGUAGCCGAAGCCCUGUCCUGCCUUGAGCACCCCACAGGGACCUGUCACCUCCACCUUGAGCACCCCAUGGGGACCUGCCAGCCCCAUCCCCUGGCACCAGCACAGCUGUGGGGUGCAUGGGGGGAGGCCCUCACCCCUCUGUGCCAGCCCCGGUUCUUGGCCACCUCUGAGCAUCCUGCUGCCCUGGUGCUGGCACGGCCCCAUCCCACCGCAGGGUGCUGGCAGCUGCGCCAGGAGGUGUCCCAGGGGGGUGUUUGGGGUAAGCUCAGCCUGGCGCAGCAUCACCAGCUCCCUGGGGCCAGUGCUGGGGAAGUCCAGUCCUGGCAAGAGUGGAGCCGGUGCUGCUGACAAAUGCUGCCAGAGGAGCGUGUUCCCAUGCUGGCCACCACUGGGGCUCUGGAGGGUAGCGGGACUCACCUGCAACCAGCUGCUCCCCGAGUUGCUUCUCCUUAAAUAAAGAGACCUGCCCAGGC